AUGACUCGACAAUUUUUAAAACUGGCUGUUUGCAGCCUUAUACUAGGCCUUUCUAAAAGCGACACAAAUUAUCGGCUCAACACGCCCAUCGAACCAUCAGUAUAUUCAAUAGCAAUCACACCAUACUUUGAUACUGGUGAUGAUAAAGCAUUCACAUUCGACGGAGAAGUUAGCAUACAAUUUAGAACAGAUACCAAAAUAAAUCAUAUAAAAAUUCAUUCAGAAGACCUCAAUUUUAAUUCUUCUGAUGUACGAGUGACAAGCGGGUCUGUAAUUGUUAAUCUGAAGGAAGAAAAUCCUAUAGAAUUCGAUAAAAAAUAUGCAUUUGCCUUCAUUAAUCUGGAAACCGAACUUCUUCCUGGCUAUGACUAUGAAUUGAAAAUUGAUUAUAAAGGUCCGAUAAGAACUGAUCUGAAUGGAUUCUAUAGAAAUUAUUACAUCGAGGGAGGAGUUAAAAAGUGGUUAGGGGCGACACAAAUGGAACCAACGCAUGCGCGAAAAGUGUUUCCUUGCUUUGAUGAACCAGAUCUUAAAGCGUCGUUUAUGCUUUCUAUAGACAGACCAGAAAACUUUAAACCGAGUUUGACAAACACGAAACUUCAAACUUCUAUUCCAUUGGCAAACGGUUACAUAAGAGAAGUGUUUUAUCCUACUCCAAGAAUGUCUACUUAUCUGGUAGCAUUUCUUGUAUCAGAAUUCGAUGGAGCAGCAACCACUACAAAUGGUGUAAAAGAAUUUGGUAUUUACACUCGUCCCGAAGCUACUAAUCAAAGCGCGUAUGCUUUUGAUUUUGGUCAAAGGGUCGUAGAUGCUCUUGGAGAUUAUUAUGGUGUCGACUAUUAUUCAGUUGAUAGCAAUUUGAAGUUAGACCAUAUUGCUUUGCCCGAUUUUCGUGCAGGCGCUAUGGAAAAUUGGGGAUUGAUCAAGUAUAGAGAAUCCCUUUUACUCUAUGUACCUGAAGACUCCAAUCCUUACUACAAGUACAGAGUAGCACAAAUUGUGGCCCACGAAACAACACACAUGUGGUUCGGUAAUUUGGUUACCUGUCACUGGUGGAGUAACACGUGGCUGAACGAGGGAUUUGCUAAUUACUUCCAAGAUUAUAUCACAGCUUUAAUCGAACCUAAUGUUGGAUCUGCCAAUAUGCUCGUUAUAGGAUCAGUUUACUCUGCAUAUGACGCUGAUGAAGACAAAAGUUCAGUUCCCAUCACUAAUAAUGAUGUUAAUUCACCAGCAGAAAUAAGUGCUCAUUUCGGCACAAUUACAUAUCAAAAAGCUGGUUCUGUUAUUCGAAUGAUGCAUCACCUUUUGGGAGAAGAUGCUUUCAAAUUUGGCUUACAUACUUAUCUGGAUAAAAACAAAUUCCAGCCAAGUUACCCAGACAUAUUAUAUUCGGCGCUAGAAGAUGGUGCAUCGACUUUUAACUCCCUUGCAGCAUUCCCCGAGCACAACUUGACUAGUGUCAUGAGUUCAUGGAUAUCCCAAGCCGGCCAUCCAAUUUUACAUGUUGAGGUCGAUUAUGAAACUUCAACAGUUGCUCUGAAACAGGAACGAUUCUAUACUAAAUCAUCGGAGAGUUCAGAUGAAGUCUAUGACAUUCCCAUAACAUAUACAACAGGCAGUUCCCCUAAUUUUGAGAACACCAAGCCUAUUUUUAUUAUGGAUUCUGAAAAUCAUGAACUCAAAGUAAAUCAGUCAGAAGAAAAUUGGAUUAUUUUUAAUGUUCAAGAAACAGGUUUAUACAGAGUUAAUUAUGACGAAAAAACGUGGAAGCUGAUAAUGAAUCAUCUCAAAGGCAAUAAAAGAGAAGAAAUUCAUCACUUAAACAGGGCUAAGAUAGUCAACGAUCUAUUUGCAUUUGUGUAUGCAGAUGUUGUGGAAUUUCAAUUGCUCCACGAAGUUUUAGAAUUUCUAGAAGAAGAAACACAUUUUACUGUUUGGUACGCUGUUAUACGAAAUUUGAAGACACUGAGGAAUAAAUAUUUGGGCAGUAACGCUUUGAGUCAAAUUGAUGCAUACUCCUUAAAACUGAUGGAUAUUGCUAUAAGCAAAGUUGGAUAUGAAGUAAACGCUGCGGAUGACUUUGAAACUUUAAGGAACAGAAUGCAAGUUCUAGAAUUCGCAUGCAAGAUUGGGCAUAAAGGUUGUAUUGACAAUACUUUGGCGCUAUACAAAGAAUUCAAAGAUAAUGGAAAAGAAAUUACACCGAGCUUACGUCCCGUUUCAUAUUGUACUGGCUUACAAUUUGGAAAUGCUGAUGAUUAUGACUUUAUGUGGAACAGAAUGGCAAAAACAAACGUGGCCAAUGAAGCUAGAACGAUUGGUGAGGUGCUGGGCUGUACUACGGAUGAGGAGAAGUUGAGAAGUUUCCUUGUAUCAAUGCUUGUGAAAGACAGUCCUAUUCGCGCUCAAGACCUAACUGUUCCUAUAACUGGUGUCCUGUCUAACUACAGUCAUGUGGCUAUUGUACUGGACGAAUUGGAUAAGAAUAUAACAUUAUGGAAAUCAAUUUACUCAUCUUUAGAUAGCGUUUUGCCACAGAUAGCAUCUUCGAUGCAUACUGAAGACGAACUAGAUAAGUUUGAGGCCUGGCUGUCAGCUUGCGCAGAAUGUGGUGAAUCAGCGGUGUCCCAAGCUAGAAAAUCUUUAGCUACUGCGAGAGAAGCUACUUCGUGGGCUAAAGACCAUGAAGCCAGCAUAUUAUCCACUCUGAGAAGUCAUGCUGGAGUCAUAACUGCGUCUUCAGUCACGCUGCUAAUAGGUGUUUUCGGGGCCCUAAUGUUAUAA